AUGGAAGAAGCUUUCAGGAGACUAAACGGCGUCGUUCAUGUGCCUGAAACUGACCCGCCGGACUCUGCCAUCACGGGAAUUCCGAAGAAGUUGGCCGUUUCAACCACAGCCUCCGCCGCUGCCUCGAAGACCACCGGUACUACUACAGCAGGAAUGGCAACAAACAAGAGGUCAAUCAAAGAGAAUGGUGGCUCCGGUGGGACUAUGAGGUACCGUGGAGUUCGCCGGAGGCCGUGGGGGCGUUACGCUGCUGAGAUACGAGACCCGCAGUCGAAGGAGAGGCGGUGGCUUGGCACUUUUGACACGGCGGAAGAGGCUGCCUGCGCUUAUGACUCCGCUGCUCGUGCUAUGCGUGGGAUCAAGGCUCGAACCAAUUUUGUUUACCCUGUGACCGACCAUCACUCCGUCAACAACGAUCAUCUUCUUCCUCCUCCGUUCAACUUCUCCAGGCAAUCACAGCCGCCUUCCGUCAGGGAUCUUAACGGCAAGCAUCGUCAUUGGCCAGGCUUUGCUAAACCCCAAGUGGGAGACUUCUCUGUGGAGUCCGGGCCACAAAGAAAUGCUUCUUUGAACAUGCUCUUACUACGUGACCUCUUGAACUCAUCUUCAAACCCGUCUUUCCAGCCGCCACCUCCUUCUCGGCUUAACCGAUUUCCAUUAAUCAAUGGAACAUCCUCCGCCGCUUCUUCAUUAUCUUCUUCUUUCCCGUUCCCCACGGUGCUGACCGGUGCAACUCCGUUGAAUUCACCGGCAAGCGACAACAUCACAGACUCUUUCAUUGGCUCCACUAUGACACUUCCUCGCAAGGAAAAGAGUUCGACUCACACCACAGUGGUGGACCCGCCACCGCCUGCUGCCAUGUCAAAUCCUCAAGCUGAUGACACGGAGUUCUUCAGACAGGAGUCCUCCGAUUCCGGUUUGCUGCAAGAGAUAAUUCAGGGUUUCUUUCCAAAGCCCAACCCAAAGACACCACCAGUUACUCAUCCUACUCAAGACCCCAUUGUUCAAACCCUGAGUGAGAUGAAUGAGAACAAGAAGAAGGAGCAUUCAAGCGUUUACAUAAAUCAACGCCAUGGAUUCCAUCCGCAGUUCCACAGCUUCAAUGGAAUCACGGGUCCUCAACUGGUACCGAACUGUACCGAGUUUCCACCAGUGAGUCAAACUCAGGACUGCACGUUGGAUGAUAUCUAUCAGUACCACUACCACCCCGAUUUCCUAGCAGCCAGGGUUCAAAACAGUUGA